CAUGAAGACGAGAGAAGCCCGGAGCAAGCAACUUGACCAACAUUGUAAUUUUCGAACUGUCACCCUGCACCAGUGGUCGAGCGCCAUCUGGAGCCUACAUGCGAAACCUUUGUUGGUAGUACUCACUAGCGCCAUCACUCUGCACUAGCCUUUACGCCUGCUGUCUUUUUCCGGUAAAGACGUCUUUUGCAACGAAAUGGGUUUCCAAAACAUUUGGUAUUCACAUCCAAGAAAAUACGGCCAAGGAUCCCGGUCCUGCCGUGCUUGCGCGAAUAAGCAUGGACUCAUCCGAAAGUAUGGAUUAAAUAUUUGCCGUCAGUGCUUCAGGGAAUACGCGGCCGACAUCGGUUUCAAGAAGCUGGAUUGAUGGCCGGAUGCUGAUUUGUCUAAUAAACAGGAAUGCAUUCGUAUCAAACGACGUGUUUCUUGUGUCUUUUAAUCGUAUAUUUAAGUUAAAAGAACAAUACAAUAACAAAUGAUGAAUGUAUAAUCUGUAUUACGACAAAAAAUCAGUAUAUAAGUUUAAAAAAUA